AUGAAUCGAAAUAUUAUGGACCAGGAGCAUUAUUUUCCAGCCAAAGCCAUGACGCCUGAGACUUAUACAGGGCGACUAGCGACUACCAAGGGAUCCCUUGGAACAAGGCAGCCCAUAGAAGCCCAUGAGAAAGAGGAGGAAACGGUAGGAGGGAGGGGGAACCACCAGUGA